AUGUGUCGCAUCAUCAACUUCCUGCUGGCUCUGCUGAGCCGUUUCCUGUUUGCUGUGCAUGGGGUGGUGACCGUGUGGCGUGUGGUCGCCGUCAAAGGGGAGCCCCUCUAUUGGCUGCUGCUGAUGGGCGUGGCUCUGCUGGGGGUGGAGAUGGCAGUCACCAUCAAGUGUACCCGCAAUGCAGAGUGGAAAUGGUUCUCCCCCAUGGUUUUCCUCUACCUCAGUACCGUCAUCCCCUCCAUUUGGUUCCUGGAGCUCAGCCUGCUGCAGUACAAGCUCCCUGUCAACAUCUCCUCUGGACCCGAGCUAGAAGAGCUGCUGGCUCACAUCCCCAUCUCAGCAGACAUCUUGCAGCUGGACCCAGAGAACUGGGCGGCAGGGCUGGAGCAGACCAUGCUCAUCGUACUGGUGCUGGGCCGCUGGCUUAUGCCCAAAGGAGACAUGUCCCGCGACCAGCUCUCCCAGCUCCUCAUGGUCUACGUGGGCCUGGGCGCUGACAUCCUGGACAUCUUUGACACCUUCAAGGAGCCCGAGGUCAAGACCAACCGGGCCGUUAUCAUUAUGGGCCUUGCCCUCUUUUCCUGGGCCCUCAUGCAGUUCCCCUUGGUUCUGACCCAGACCAGUCCCCCCAAGGCCCAUCUCCAGCCCUGUUUGUCCCAGCCCGGCUUCCCUCAGGAGGGAAGCGUGGCUGUAGUGGAGGGACUGCCUGGAGCUCCCCCCUCCUGCUAUACACCGUGCUGCUCCAGUGAAGUGUGGAGUCUGCUGUUGACUGUGGGGCUCCAGGACGGGCCAUUCCUCAUCUACCGCCUCUACCUCAUGAUCAGGGAGAACGUUCUCAACCAGCUAAUGAUCUUCUUCACCUGUAAAAACAUCCUUGUCGUCCUGCUGGAGUUCUACAGGAUCUUUGUGGUGCAGUGUGAGCAGCAGGGGGAGGGCUGCCUAGGGGGGCUGGAGAGGUGUGCAAUGCCCUGGUGCCAACAAGCCCAGGAGGAGGAGGUGGAGGGAAGACGACAGGAUAGUGGAGAACAGAACUGCCAGAGAGAGGAGGGGAGGGAGAUCUUAUGA